UUGCACUGUACUACACCAGAGAAUACAGAGAAAAUAGACACCACAGACAGAUCCUGACCAUCACUCAAGGAACAACUGCUCAGCUGUGGAAAGACAUCCUAUUCCUUCACAGCAUUGCUCAACACAGAGAAGGUUGGGCAGUGAAACUAUGAUCUCGAAAUCGGUCAGAUCAGAGGAGCUCUGACACAUCAUCAGAUCUGAAACUGGUCAGUGAUGUGGAGCCUUUAAUCAAAACCAACCUUUCUGACUCUUCAGCUGUGGGUGAUCGAUCAGAGUGAGGCUAGGAAGAAGAGGAAGUGGCCCCAAUCAUUCACUGACUCAUUCUGACAAGGUGGAAACUGUUCAUGUGUGAGGUGUGUAAGGAGGAUUCCACAGGCUCACAAGAUCUAGCACAAAAGCUGCAUCACUAAACAGCCAUCUAGAGGAAAAACCAUUCAAGUGUGAGAUGUGUGACCAGGGUUUCAUGCAGUCCUCGAUGCUCACGAAACACCAAAAUAUCCAUAGUAGGGAGAAGUCAUUCAUUUGUGGAGUGUGCAAUAAAUCAUUCUCUCGGUCAUCACACCUUCGCAAUCACCGAUAUGUUCACACAGGGGAGAAACCAUUUAAAUGUGAAGUUUGUGAUAAAGCUUUUGCAACAUCUACGACCCUCCUAAAUCAUCAACGCAUUCACACAGGGGAGAAACCCUUCAGCUGUCAGUUUUGUGACAAAUCUUUCAUCUACUCUUCUGAUCUGAAGACACACCAGAGGAUCCACACAGGGGAGAAACCUUUCAGGUGUGACAUAUGUGACCAAGCCUUCACACACUCGUUGACUCUUGUGAAUCACCGGCGCAUUCACACUGGAGAGAAACCAUUCAAGUGCAAGUCGUGUGAAAAAUCAUUCUCGCAGUCAUCACAUCUCCGCUUGCACCUACGCAUUCACACUGGGGAGAAACCAUUCGCAUGCAAAGUUUGUGACAAAGCAUUCUCGCAACCAUCGCACCUCCGCAUCCACCAACGCAUCCAUACAGGGGAGAAACCAUUCAUAUGCAAAGUGUGUGACAGAUCAUUCUCGCAAUUAUCGCACCUCCGACUCCAUCAGUCCAUGCACACAGGGGAGAAGCCAUUCACGUGUGAUGUUUGUGACAAAUCAUUCUCGAGGUCAUCACGUCUCCUUGACCACCAACGCAUUCACACAGGGGACAAGCCAUUUAUGUGCAAGUUGUGUGACAAAUUGUUCUCACGAUCCUCAACCCUCCUCAACCACCAACGCAUUCACACAAGGGACCAACCAUUCACGUGUGACGUGUGUAACAAAUCAUUCUCUGUCUCAUCAACUCUCCGCAUCCAUCAACGCAUUCACACAGGGGAGAAACCAUUCAUAUGUGAAGUGUGUGACAAACCAUUCACCGACUCAUCAACUCUCCGUGUACACCGUCGCACUCACACAGGGGAGAAACCAUUCACAUGUGAAGUGUGUGACAAAUCAUUCUCGGACUCAUCGACCCUUCGUGUGCAUCGACGUGUUCAUACAGGGGCCAAGCCAUUUAUGUGUGUUGUGUGCAAGAAAUCAUUCUCACAGUCGUCUAACCUUAGGAGACACCAACGUUUACAUACAGGGGAGAAACCAUUCAGACGUGAGAUUUCUAAUUAGGCUUUUACUGACUCCUAUGCUUUUGUGAGAGACCAGAGGAUUCAUGAAGGGAGAAGUCCUUUGAAUGAGAGGUAUAUGACAAACCCUCCACAUGAUUAUUGAGCCUUGAAGUCCUUCACUGGAGUGUUAGUCCACACUGGAAAUAAAGUCUUCAGGUGUGAUAUUUAAACAAACUUUUGGGACAUCAUUGAACCUCCUUAUAUAGCAGACGAUUCACACUUUGAAGAACGAAAUGUGAGAAAUGUUACAAAUCUUUCUUGCAUUUAACAAACCUCUGCACGUACCAACACAUGCACCCAGGAGAGAAACUAGUCAACUGUGAGGUGUGAGACAAAGCCUAGAUAGAUUUAAACAGCCAUCUGCAGUACCAGGGGAGAGGCCCAUCCAUUGUGUAUGCGAUUUGCAAUAAAACUUCUGUGACAGCUUCUUCCUGUGUAGACACCUGUUUUCUGUGUGUGGUAUGUUUAAACAGAAGCAGAGGAUGAUCAGGUGUGUGUCGGCUACAUGGCCCUGCACUUUAUUUGCAAUAGUGUUCUUGAUAAACCAGAAGAUGCAAAAGAUUGGAAUCAAGCAGCAAUAUUCCAGAUUCAUCACAGAUGUGAAUACACUCAACUGAACCCUUCAAAGUUCCCAACUUACCUGACUGACAAAUGCAGGUUAAAAGAACUCAUCAGAUUUCUAUACAAAAGAAGAAAACAGCUCUUCAUUGCAAAUCAACUUUUUUUUAACUGAAGGCAGAAAAGAAACAUGAAUGACUAAAUACACCUCCCUAUCACUUAAAUUUUACCCCUUUCCAAAAUUCCCAUAAAUACACAAACAGAUGCACAAAGCGAUAAGAUAAAAUACAAAUAAUAAAGAUGGAAGACACAAGAUGUCACUGAAACACAAUUCUGGCACCAAUUUGGAUUACAGGCACUCAUUCGAUAUUUUCUUUCGACUCUUCAAUGAUGACAUGAGGUUGUGGACACACAGAUUGUCACUGCCCCUUUUCCUUUCACAAAGGGAAUUUGCAAUGUCCUUUUACCUCUGCACUCACAGAACAGAGGCCAAGAAAGAUAUUUUUAUCCUUCACAGACUAAAUGUUCCAGCUGUACUCUCCAAACACAAAGCUAGACCCACUGGCCAGGAGCUAGUCAACAAAUUGUUACUGUGCUGAGUACUGCUGAUCACACAUAACUAAUCUUUGUUCAAAGAACUAAUUAAAAGUCUGUCACAGGGACUCGAACCCACACAGCAAGGUGUCUAUCACUGCUGGACAAGGGCCACAUUGUGGAUAAACAUUUUUAUGUUCAAAAUUGCAACAAUCCAUUGUUUUAAUGUAUUUUUUUUACUAUGUUUAACUCUACCAUCCAAAAAAAACAGAAGUAUUCCUUGUAAUGUUGAAUAGGGUUGAGGUGAGCAUUGGUCAGACCCCUCCAUCCACUUCUCCCUUGCCCAAGAUAUACUCGAAAUUAUCUGUUGUGAAGGAAUGUUACAGGUUGGAAGCACGCUUUUAGUGCAAGUAUGUCGCAAUGUGAAACAUGUUAAAGUCCCUGGUGUGAAUUGGAAUGGAUAUCGUAAGGGAUUGUCUUCAAUGUACUGCUGAUAGACCAUUCUGUUUUCAUUCACUGAGGAAAGUUUGAUUGUUUAGACACAGUUCUAACAUGAACAAAUCUUGUGGAAUAACCCACUCUUCCCAGUAAAUCUUCAUCCCUCCCUGCUGCUAAUCUCCUCAAACCCUUAGUCCUAUACUGGAGUGUUAAACAGCAGUUGUUGUGCUCAAGUCCUGGAGUAGGACUUGAACUCCCCCCAACCCUCCAUCACAGAGAGCAAAGCUAUGGGUUCAAGUCCCCAACUCUAGAUGAAUUCUUCCAUGAACGUGGAUUAAAGUUGUUGUCGGGCCAGAAAUUGAAUGCCUGAGGCUGUAGACUCGCAGUAUGACCCCACCACAGUUUAAUGAGAAACAAUCAUAUCCUCAAUUGAGUCAAGAAAUUAUCUUGUAGAUGAUAACAUUUUGCAUUGAUCAUGAAGCCAAUCAGAUCACUCUUCAAUAAAACUCUUCCA